CCCUUCCCCUGGCAAAAAGCUACCUAAACGGGCAUCCCCCCCGCCCCAACCCCUAGGGUGGACCUGGUAGUGACCCAAGCCAACCUCUCGUUGCAACCGGACCUUUGGCCUUCCUUUCUUGGAUCGCGCGGUCCAGGCUGCCCGAGGCCUGGUCAGGUUCCUAGGAGGCCAGGAGGGGGUUAAAGCUAACCCCUCCUCCUCCCGUCUGACAUCACUGGAAGAGGGUGAGAGGCUGGGAGCUGUGUGUGUGAGAAAGAGAGUGUGUGUUCGUGCUGGAUGUGGGCUACAUUGUUGCAGCUCGCGGGAGAAAGGCGGAGAGGGAAAGGGAAAGGGAAGGAGGGGGACUCUCUUUUCGGAUGCUGCGAGAAGCCCGCGAGAUAGUCCAAUCACCUCGCAGCGCUGUAGGAUCCUGGGCCCCGGAUCCCGCUUGGAGCCCACUCUCGGAGGACCCCGGCCAGCCAUGGAUGCCUGCAACUUGGAGCAAACGGAGACUGUUUGAUUGAUUGUGCCGAGCCCAACCUCCCCCUUUCGCUCCCAGAGACCCCAAAGACCAGGGAGCAGCCUGCGCUGGGGCUCCGGGAACCAGAGGACUCCAGAGCUGCGCGGGGCGGGGGGGAGGGGGUUCCCUCCUGCCCCAGCCGGGGGCUGCGUGGAAGAGAAUAGAGAGAAGGGCGGGGAGGGGCGAAAGAGGGAAAGGAGAAGACGGGGCAUGACUCGUUUAACUUGCGGCGGGCAUCUGCCGAGGCUCUGAGCCGGCUGCCCCGGGGGGCCGGUUUGUGCCUGCGACCUGGGCACCCCCGUUGUAUCUGAUCCCGAAUUGACACACUGCAGCGAGUUGACCUGGAUACUUGGAGUGCCGGCCACCCAAUAUUGAUCCCCGCUCGUCUUUGGGGAAUCGUUUCGGGAGAGGGAGGAGAGCUCUCCUCGGACCCCCUCUCCCAGGACUUAACAGCCCCCCAAUGGCUCGGAUGGAGCAUGCGGUCGUCUCUGGAUGUUGGUGGGCUUUCGCUCUUAGCCUUGCCACUCUCUUCCUUCCAGGUCUGCAGGCCCAAGUGGUCCAGGUGAAUGACACCGUAUCGGGCUUCAUUGGCACAGAUGUGGUGCUCCACUGUAGCUUUUCCAAUCCCCUACCCACAGUGAGGAUCACUCAGAUGACAUGGCAAAAGGCCACCAAUGGCUCCAAGCAGAAUGUGGCCAUCUACAACCCCAAUAUGGGCGUCUCCGUGUUGGCUCCCUACCGAGAACGUGUGACCUUUCUUCAGCCAUCCUUCACCGACGGGACCAUCCGCCUCUCCCGUCUCCAGCUGGAGGAUGAAGGGGUCUACAUCUGCGAGUUUGCUACUUUCCCCACAGGGAACAGGGAGAGUCAGCUCAACCUCACUGUUUUAGCCAAACCAACCAACUGGAUGGAAGGCACAAAGAAAACCUUGAUAGCCAGGACCGGACAGACAGAAAAGGUCCUUGUGGCCACAUGUACCUCAGCCAAUGGGAAACCACCCAGUACUGUUUCAUGGGACACUCGGCUAAAGGGCGAGGCUGAAUUCCAGGAGAUCCGGCACCCCAACGGCACAGUGACAGUGAUCAGCCGAUACCGCAUAGUGCCCAGUCGAGAAGCCCACCUUCAACCUCUGGCUUGCGUUGUCAACUACCAACUGGACCGAUUCAGUGAGAGUGUCACUCUCAAUGUGCAGUAUGAACCUGAAGUGACCAUUGAAGGCUUUGAUGGAAACUGGUACCUAAAACGAAUGGAUGUAAAACUCACUUGUCAAUGUGAUGCCAACCCUCCAGUCACACACUACCAAUGGAAACUGUUGAACGGCACUCUCCCCUCCAACAUGGACACCCAAAACAAGACCUUGAUCUUCAAGGGGCCCGUGACCUAUAGCCUGUCUGGGACCUACAUAUGUGAAGCUACCAACCCCAUCGGCACCCGCUCAGGCAUGGUAGAAGUCAAUAUCACAGAUAAGCCCCUUGGGGGGCCAGGAGGCCUGGCUGUGAUCCUGGGGAGCUUGGUGUCUCUUGCAGCUGCUGUGGCCCUCUUCCUAUUCUACCGACUCCAGCCCAAGAGUCAGCCAGACAUGGACAGCGACCUAUCAGACCCACCCACUUCCCACAAGGCUUCCCCACUUCCCGACCGGAACGAAGAAAUGAAGAACCACGUGUCAACAAAAGAUAUCCAGCUUUCAGACCUUGAGGAAACAGACCUUCACUAUGCAGAGUUGGAUACGAUUGUCCUGGAGUCCUCGCCUGGAACCAGGACCCCUGGAGAACUGGUGGAGUAUGCCAUCAUCCAGUCACACUCAGGCUAACACAUGUCCCUGUAGGCCUCCCCCCUCAGACUCUGGCCAACAGGAUUUUGGGAUGAGCCCGCCUGUCAUCCUGGUCUCCUGGGAAAAGCUGAGCUGCUUAUGAAGGCCAACCUCUGGGACGUAUUCCCCACCUGUCUCCCUUCUUAGACCACCUUCUGGCUAAACCUUCACAGCUUUUCUGUUUUCUCCCGGCCCCAGCAUCUCAGGUUCCUCAUAUUUGUCUUAAGGAAUGAUCUAUCUGGAACAAACUCAGCACUCCCCCCUCCCACUCCCACCAAGUGGCUUUCAUGUUGCUUCCAUUCACCUUUCUCAGCACUCCCAGCCUCAGUGCUUCCCCGGUCCCUCAGGACAUGUCUCUGUUCCUGUCUCACCUCCUGAAGGAGUUUCCCCUCAGACUCCCCUCUCUUCCCCUGUGGACACAUGAGAUUAGAAGAGUGUGUAAUUAGGUGAGCAUGUUUGUGAAAGUCUGUAGGUGGGUGUGGAUAGCUGUGGGUGAGAGCAGGUUUGAGUGAGCCCCCUAUCCCCUGAAGCACCACAGGUGAGAGUCUGAACUGUCUCCCCCCCUCACCUCCCUGCUGACCCCCAUCUCCGCCAGAAGCCUCUGCCUGGCCCUCUGGGUCUGACCAUCAGAAUACAACCGUGGCAAAGGGAGCUGAUCUGGGUCACCAGGACGGUCCUUUCUGGCCUGGGAAGCAGAGCAAGGGAGAGGACUGGACCUCGGACCUCUGGAUCAGUCAUUACCGGGAGUGAACAGACAAGAAUCGUUUCUUCCUGGGAAGGAAUUGCCUCUGGACCGGCAGCUUUCACUGGGUGGGCCGGGCCGCUGGUGCUGGGGACCAGAUUCAGCCUGCACAGGAGCUGUGAUCUCUGCCCAUUUCUCAAAGCCAAGGUCUGUUAACUGGAUUCCAGCUGUACUCAGCAGGGAGCCCCAGGUGUUCCUGCAGGUUCUCUGGGGGUAAAUGCUCCAUUUCCUCCUCAGAUGAGGAAGCCCCGGACAGAGAAGCAGGGAUAGCUCCAGCCGUGGCACCCAGGCUUUUGCUGCUGUCAGGCCUAUUGAAUGGGAUGUCUCUCCUCUCUGAGGGCACCCGGCUUCUGAGCAUCCCUAAUCCACAGACCAGCCCUUGACACGUCUCAGAGGAUCACAGAAAAAGCCAAAGGGACCCAGAAAAGCUAGAGGCUUCCACUCCCACCACUCCUCCCUGCCCCCCUGCCAUCCAGAGCCCUCACUCACACUACCUCAGCUCUGCCUCCAGGAAGUGGCAGACUCUCUCCGGGGCCCCCAGUGUAAACCAGCCCGGAGAGGGUCAGAGCCCCAGCCCAGGGAGUCUGGCACCUCUGCCCCCUCUGCACAAAAGACAAAGCACAAGGCAGAAUGGUGCUGACGUGGGGGAGAAGGGAGACCCAAGUCCUAGGCUUGGCUCUGCCGCUAAUGGCUGUGUGACUUUGGACACCUCAUUUUGCUCCCAAGUCCUCAGUCUCCUCCUCUGUAGAAUGGGGGUGUUGGCCUUAGAGCUCAUUUGAUGAUAUUCGAAGUCAGAAAGACGUAGUGACAUCCAACAGUGACAGAGAGGGUGCUCUCAGCUAGGAAGGUCUCUCACUCUCUGGAGGGGAGCCCUCCACAGUGCAGGUGGAUUGUUAUUUCCAGGAUGGCUUAGGGGAGACUGGGGACGCAUGGUCCACUCCAGCACGGAGCCAAGUCUCAGAGGCCAGUGAACCGAAGCAGAGACUUUGGCUACAAGGGACAACAGAGGGGCUCAGAGAGUUCUGCAGGAGCUGGGGUAGAGGUGAACACCCCCUCUCCCACACAGACACCUAGAACCUGUCCCCACCUUCCUCCAGUCCAUAGCCUUGCCAUCCCAUUGAUCAGAUUUCCAUCCUAAUAUCUGUCUAGCAAAUUGUAGUGGAAAGGGGCCUUGUCCUUCACACAAGAUGCUCAAAAAAGAGGGACAUUACCUCUAGCAGUCUCCCUCUAGCCUCCCAUCAAAGAUACACCUGUGAGCAAAACCCUUGAAAAGAGAGAUUUACACACGUGAACCCCUGAAACUGGGGUCCUCUGUCACAUACAGUAGGAACACACGAAAAGAGAUGAUCUCAGGAGCCUGCAAGCGUCAGUAGGAUAAAGUCUGCCGGCUAACUGUUUUCAUUAAUGUUACUAAUAGACCCAGGGAAUAUCACAGAUGCGGUAUGUCGCUAGGGUUCAGCAAGACCUUUGAUGAGGUUUUUCACCAUAUCAUUUUGGAAAACAGAAAAAUGUGGACUAGACAAUAGGACCUUUGUAGGGAUUGGCAACUGGUCGAAGGACCAGACUAAAAAGGUGAGUAAUAGAUUGAUGUCAGUCUAGAAGAGCUCUGACUCCGGCCCCAUCUCGCUCAACAUUUUUUUUUAUUUAUUUAUUAACAUUUUUAAUUGGGAAUUUUUAUGAAGAAACUCACAAGGAGGAUAUCUAGAAUGCUUAUCAAGUUUCUCUGUGACCAAGUUAGGAGAAAUAGCUCCUGUACUGAUUCGAUUCAAUAAAUGUUUAUUGAGUACUUACAAUUUGACUCUCCCUCGGUAAAGCCAACUCUGCCAAAACCUUGCUCCAUUGGUGAGUCUUCUGGGAAGCAGAGGAGACCAAAAAACUAGAUGGUAAAGAAAAGAUUGUAUUUUGCACAUGCAUAAAGGAGAUGCUAAAUUGCAUAGGGCUCUGAAUGGUAAGCAAAGAAGUUGAACUUUCAUAUUGAGAAAGUCACUCCCUUCUCUCUACCUUCUUUACUUCAUUGGUAAAGUUGGUAGGCAGUCACUUAAGAGUUCUGAGAAAAGAUAAUUCUGGGAGCAGGAAGAUUUAAUAAGGGAUGAGUGCAAACUGCAGAAAAAUACAUUAAACAAGGUAUCUACUUGGAGAAUGGCUGUAGAAUUAAAGAGGAAAGGAUGGGAAGGAUGAGAAGGAUGAUAGGGAUGUGAAAUUGAAAGGAUCUGGUAAUUCUUUGGUUAUGAAAGGUUAAAGAGAAAGAAUGGUCAGAGGUAAUGCCAAAGUUUCAAUAGAAGGAGAUUGAGUGAAUGGUGGGCUGCCAUAAAGCAUGUUCCUCAGAUUAGGGAGCUUCAAGGUAUGAACAUGCUAAUGUCUGGCUGAAGUGGGAAAAAGAAAGAAGACACUGGGCCUAAGAAGGUUAAGGAACAGCAUGAUUAGGGUGUUAACAGUGAUCAUCAGUAAGAAUAUUAAGUUUUCAGAAAAUGAUAGGUGGUCAUUUGAGCAAGCAAAGAAUGAACUCAAGAUUGGUAGAUAAUUGCAAUAAGGUUAGAGAGAAGGUAAUAUAAAAUAGAUUACAUGGGCUUUGAAAGAAUAACUGCUAUUGAGACACGAUGGUAUAUCAUGAUGACUCAUGAUACUGAUUAGGAAUUAGAACCAGAGAAAAAUGCCCUUCACAGGGAAAGAUGGAAGUCUGAAGGAAGGCAUCUGAGUGAGAAUCAGAGACAAAUCAGGAAACUAGGUUUCUGUGGAACAUAAAAUCCAAGGGGCUCAAGAAUAGCAGACUGUUAGGAUGGCAAGGGAUUUCUAGGGCAAGUGAGGAAAGGGGGAAACAGAGCCAGGAAAGUCAGUACCAGUUCAGAAGAAGGGAUAUGAGGAAUGUAAGUGAGCCAACUGUAUAUCUGACUCAACAUAUCUCCCUAAAGCUUUGCCCUUUAAUGACAGAUACCUGUUUUCCAAAUUAUCUGGCCCUAAAGUUUUAAAUGGAAUGUGAAAUGCUGGUGUUUCAGGGAAUGGUGCAUGAGAGAUCUCAUUCCACAGUGCCAUGAAGCUCAAUUUGAUGGCAGCUGUGAGGCUUCUGAAUGGAAAAGAUAACUGUUAGGUGAUAAGCUGUUGAAAGUCAAAAAAGAUUUUGACAAAUUGGAACAAUGGACCAUAUUUAAUAAAAAUGAAAUUUAA